GCAGGUAGGUAGACAGAAUUAGAUUAGAUAGAUAAUUAGUCGUCUCAAAACUAGUCGUCGUCGUCGUCUUCUCUCAAUUCACAUGUAUGUAUGUGUCUGUAUGUACCUACGUGUGUAUGUAUGUCCAUAAACAAGAUCGACGCACAAAUAGAUGAAAUAAAGGAAUCAAAAUCUGCAUCUCUCCGAAAUAAAUACAGACACUAGCUAGGAGGCUGAGGAGGAGGAGGAGGAGUAUUUAGUUUGAUUCAUAAUCGUCGUAUUGUAUUGUAUUUUAUUAUAUAUUAUAUAGAGAAAGAAAUACUCCAUCUUGAAUACACACACAUACAUACACCCUUUGCACAAACCCACCCAUCCCAUCUGGACUCAUCUCAUCUUGGUUUGGUUUGGUUGGGUUGUGCCCUAAAUCUCAAGGAGAUAUUUUGGUUUCUUCUCCUGUUGUGCAGUCAAGCUGAACGCUGCUUUUCGGAAAUCAAUCUUGCAUUUGGAAUAUUGUGAUUCUUCUCCUGCUGCCGUGCUCCAUUUUUUCAUUCACUACUGCCUUGGCAACUAGUCAACAAUUUUCCCUACACUUAUGCAUAAAUAUUAGAUGAAGACACCUCAGUUGUGGCGACUAGGCAUCAAGGACCUACAGAUGAUGUCUGCGCCUCGCCACCGUGCUCAUUUGAAGAAGCCAACUUGGAUUAUUGUCUUAAUUUCAUUGGUCAGUGUGUUCUUAGUCUGUGCUUAUGUCUUCCCUCCUCGAAAUACUUCUGCCUGUUACGUCUUCUCAUCGAGCAGUUGCAAGGUCUUUGCCGACUGGCUUCCACCUGCUCCUGCAAGAGAACUUACUGAUGAAGAGGUUGCUUCUCGUGUCGUAAUUAGAGAUAUUCUCAACACACCGCAAGCUAUAUCAAAAAACCCUAAGAUUGCUUUUAUGUUCUUAAUUCCCGAUGCACUGCCUUUUGAGAAGUUGUGGGACGAAUUUUUCCAGGGGCAUGAAGAUAGGUUCUCUGUGUAUGUUCAUGCAUCUAAAGGAAAACCAGUACAUACUAGCCGUUUUUUCCUUGAUCGAGAUAUACGCAGUGAGAAGGUGGUUUGGGGUAGAAUUUCAAUGAUUGAUGCCGAAAGACGACUUCUAGCAAAUGCACUUAAAGACCCGGAUAACCAGCAUUUUGUGUUACUUUCCGACAGCUGUGUUCCAUUGCGUGAUUUCGACUACGUCUACAACUAUCUGAUGUAUACAAAUGUCAGCUACAUUGACAAAUUUAGGGAUCCUGGUCCACAUGGGAGUGGCAGGUAUUCUGAACAUAUGUUACCUGAAGUCGAAAAAAAAGACUUUCACAAAGGUUCCCAGUGGUUCACAAUGAAGCGGCAGCAUGCUCUAAUUAUUACUGCCGAUAGUCUAUAUUACACAUUGUUCAGAGAUUUUUGCAAGCCAGGUAUGGAAGGGGACAAGAAUUGCUAUUCUGAUGAGCACUAUCUGCCCACUUUUUUCCAUAUGCUUGAUCCAGCCGGCAUAGCUAACUGGUCAGUCACACAUGUAGAUUGGUCCGAAGGAAAGUGGCAUCCGAAGUCAUAUAAAGCUGAUGAUGUCAGCAUGGAACUUGUAAAAAAUAUUACAUCUAUUACAGAAAAUGUUCAUAUGACAAGUGAUGAAAAGAAAGAAAUCCAGAUCCGUCCUUGCUUGUGGAACGGAGAGAGACGGCCAUGUUACUUGUUUGCGAGAAAAUUCUUUCCAGAAACUUUAGACCGAAUGACAAUGCUUUUCUCCAACUACACAAAACAUUCACUGGGAUAAUGACCCUGAUUCUUUGGUCGGGAUGAAUGAUUGUUUCGGCCCUAUUCAUCUCUAUAUUACUUAUGUAGAGUAGAUUGUUGUGAAUUGCCUGUGCAUACGGGAUUAUACUCUUCCUGACCUAAGCAUAUUAUCUUUAUUCUGUUUGCAAAGGUUACUGGAAGAGGGCAGUUAGGGGGUAUUGUUGUCAGAAUUCAGAAACCAUUAUAGCACUACGGAAAUCGCUGUCUCUUUUUUUGCCGGGGGAGCAUGGAAACUGUUAUAGUAUUUUGGAUGUGUCCCCUCUAUCCCUUUAGAGAGAUUUAUAUAUACUCUAUAUACUAGAGUUCUGGUUAUAGAAA